AAGGCUAAGAGUGAGGGUCAAAUACGAUGUCAUUAAAAAUUCGCCAUGGUUCUUUCGUCUCGUUAUUAAUAAUGACAUAUUUAGUGCAAGGAAAAAGCACACAACCACACAUUUUGUUUAUAUUAGCAGACGAUUUUGGUUUCAACGACAUUGGAUAUCAUAAUUCCGAAAUAAUGACACCAAACCUAGAUAAACUUGCUGCAGAAGGAAUAAAGUUAGAGAAUUAUUAUGUGCAGCCAAUAUGUACACCCACUAGGAGUCAACUACUAUCGGGAAGAUACCAGAUACACACAGGUCUCCAGCAUGGAAUAAUUUGGCCUCAACAACCAAAUGCAUUACCAUUGGACAGUCCAAUACUACCACAGAAACUAAAGGAAGUUGGAUAUUCAACUCAUGCUGUUGGGAAGUGGCACGUUGGCUUCUAUAAGAAGGAGUUUUUACCCACAAGCAGGGGAUUUGAUUCUUACUUUGGAUAUCUGACUGGCAGUGAAGAUUAUUACACUCAUUAUCGAUGCGAUGGCAAAAUGUGUGGCACAGAUCUCAGAGAUAAUACUUAUCCUGCCAAUUGUUCUGGCAAAUAUUCCACAUACCUGUUUUCACAGAAAGCAGCUGACAUUGUUAAAAAACACAAUACUGAUCAGCCUCUAUUCCUGUAUCUUCCAUUCCAAUCAGUUCAUGCCCCACUUCAAGUACCAGAGAAAUACAUAACGCCAUAUUUGCAUAUCAAAGAUAAACACAGGAGAGUUUAUGCUGCAAUGGUGUCUGCUAUGGAUGAGGCCAUUGGGAAUCUUACUGAAGUUUUCAAACAGAAAGGGAUGUGGAACAACACACUGAUGGUGUUCUCAACAGAUAAUGGUGGCCAAAUUCUUGAAGGUGGAAACAACUAUCCACUGAAAGGCUGGAAAGGUUCUCUUUGGGAAGGAGGAAUGCGUGGAGUAGGCUUCGUUCAUGGCCAGAUGUUGAAGAGAAGAGGGGUUGUAUCAAAUGAUUUAAUACACGUCACAGACUGGUACCCUACUCUUGUAUCUUUGGCUGGUGGUAAUUUGAAUGGAACAAAACCAUUAGAUGGUGUGAACCAGUGGAAAACUUUAAGUGAAGGAUCAACUGAAAAUCAGAGGAAAGCCAUUCUACACAACAUUGAUCCGCUAUCUAAACCAAAGGGACAGAUAUGGCCAAAUAGCCCAUUUGACAACAGAAUAAGGGCAGCUCUACGAAUGGGUGACUGGAAACUUGUAACGGGCAAUCCAGGGAAUGGAAGCUGGAUUCCACCACCUCACAUGAACUCUGGACGUUUGGAUAUGGAAAAUUCUACUUCAAAUAAGAAUAUUUGGCUGUUUAACAUAACAGCAGACCCAUAUGAACACAAAGACGUCUCAGACACCAUGCCACAUGUGGUGAUGCAGAUGCUAAGUCUUCUGGCACAGUACAACAAGACAGCUGUACCCUGCAGGUAUCCAAAAAUGGAUCCCAAAGCUGAUCCAAAAUACCACGGAGGAUACUGGGGACCAUGGCUGUGAGAAGUGAUCCCCGCACUCAACUUGAAAUAAAAGUUCAGUUUGGCUAACUCAGUAGUGAUAAAACAUCUCAAGGGACCAUUUUCCUUAGUACAUGGAUAUUUUUCCAGUGGUUUUGCUCAGGUAUGGGGUAAUGGUAAUGUGUAAUGGUAAUGCUGUAAUCAUUACAUUUUUUCAAAGUAAUGGGAUGUAAUGUGUAAUGGAUCCAUCUUUCAAUUACAAGUACAUGUAAUUGUAAUGCAAAACUUUUGCUCUCAGUAGAAUGUAAACCAUGCUUUACUAUGCAAAGACAAUUACAGUAAAACAUGUUUAUAGCAAAGUGCCAGGGACGAACAAUUUUUAUUCAUUAUAUAUACAUGUAGAUAUAAUUUAUUAUAUCCGUUAAAUUCACAAUGUGUUUUAAAUCCAUUGGGAAUGAAAAUAACUUUGCUGUAAGCAAGAAUUCAUUAUAAGUGUAUUCGCUUGAACCAUGGUUUACUGUAAUUAUUCCAAAAAAAAUUCAGUUUUGGUCAAUGUGGGAAUAUUCUACAGAUUUAAGAACACAUUUUUUGUUAGGUUACCUGAGUCACUCA